CAUUUGAGUAGGCAACGCAAUGUGGCGGCUGUUGCUGCUGCUGUUGCCGCUGACUGAGCUGCCCAGCCACGCCCACUAUACCAGCAGUGAUGUCGUCUAUCAUCCAUUGCCCCACUUCUGGACCGGCGUUGGCUUCUGUCCAGCUGGCGAUAUCAAUUAUAACGGCAUUAGCGCAGCUCUCGAGUCGCCCUCAAUGCAGUUGCACCUGCGUCUGAUUGGAGCUUUGCCAAUUGGAGCUAUUACACACAUACGCAUCCAUUGGCUGCUUGAGCUGGUGCAGUUCCUGGAGUACAGCACGGAGGGUGUGCCACAAUAUGACUAUGAGAAGUUCGAUAGAUUUGUGGACUUGUUGCAGGAGCUGCAUAUGUCGCCCGUGCUGGAAUUCAUGGCCAAUCCCGGUGAUGUGUUCACGGCGAAUCCCGAACGGAACUGGUUCCUUUGGGAGAACUUUGUCAAGAGCAUUAUCAAUCAUCAACUGGCUCGCCAUGGCGCAACUCGUCUUUCCAGCUGGCGCUAUGAAACCUGGAACGAACCGGAUCUGCUCAAUUAUAAUCGCAUCAACUUCACUUCCGCUUCCUAUUUGGAGUACGUUCAAGCCGUAAGGCGUGGACUGAGCAAAGCGGGCGGCAGGCGCAAAUCCAAGCAGCUCUAUCGUGCCUUGCGUGGACCCGCUGGCCUCUUUAAAUCGGAGCAGCGUCAUCCUCUGUGUUGGGAGCUCUUGGAGGUGUGCAAUCAGCAGCUGGCCAAGUGUCCCAUCGAUAUACUCAGCUAUCAUCGCAAGGGUCUUGAUGGCAGCGCCCAAGAGAUUCUAAAUGGUUCCCUAGCGCUGCUCACGAAGAUCUAUCACGAUUAUCCACAGCUGCAGCAGCUGCCGGUGGCCAAUGACGAGGCAGAUCCCAUUGCAGGCUGGGACACACCCCGCGACUUCCAGUCGGAUGUGCGUUAUGCGGCAACCCUAAUCGCCACUGUUAUGCAACACUGGCAGGCGAAGCUCGAGGGCGGCGUUUUGGCCCAACUGGAAUCCCUUAGCCAUGACAAUGCAUUUCUAAGCUAUCAUCCAUACGAAUUUAGCCAGCGCACCCUUUUGGCGCACUUUCGCAUGAAUGAGACGAACCCACCGCAUUCGCAGUUUGUGCAGAAGCCCGUCUAUGCCGCGCUUGGCAUGCUGGCCAAGUUGGGCACACGGGCCGCCGACCUGGAGGUGGUCAACAUGGAUAGCAAGCACAGCGUGCAGGUGUUGCGCAGCAUCUCAGGCAACGGUGCGGCCCAGUACAUGGCCACCAUAUUCCUCAGUCCGGAGCAGGCGGGCCCACAGCUAACGGCCUACCAUCACAAAUACACUCUGAAUAUGUCCAUUGCCAACGAAUCGGCGUUCAUUACCGAGCUGCUGGUGCCGCACAGCACAGAUCCCGCCCAUGUGUGGCAGCAGGCAGGCAGUCCAGCAUAUCCGAACGCCACAUUAAGGGAGGCUAUGAGAAGGGCGCAAACGCCGAGGCUCUACGAAACGGGUCCGAUUUGGCAGUACAAUAGCGAACUGGUUGUCAACUCCGCCCACCUGCCGCUGCCUUGGUUGAUGCUGCUGCGCGUCUGCUCGGCAGCCUGGCCGAAGCUGAAGCGACCCCAACAACUGGAAAUCGUGGAGGUGACCAAGAGUGAGGUGUUCAUCAGGUGGAGCGAACAAGCGCGAUCCACCCAAUGCCUGAAGAGCUACGAGGUUUGGUUCAGAGAGCGUGCUGGCUCCGACUGGCUGCACAUCUCGCAGGGCUGGCAUCUGCCGUAUCCAUCUUUUCAAUAUGCGCCGGGCGAGAAUAACAGCGUGAAUGGUUUCUACAAGGUGCGCGGCGUGGAUGUUUUCAAUGAGCACAGCGCCUUUUCCCAAAUAGUCGAAUAUCUGGAGUUAUAAUUUAGCAAACAACUUUAACAAAAACAUAUACAUAUAUAUCUAUACAUAUAUAGUAAUAACAUAUCGUGCAUAUAUUAGUUGAAACAUAAUCAGGCUUUCCUUGGCCACAAGGCGCGCGCUGUUCAAUCAUACUAAAAUUUCCCUUCAAUUAUUUUGGCUUAGAACUCUUUACAAGGAACUCAGGAAAAUUGCCGAUCUUGUUUUGUCUUAUGUUAUUUUUAAAAACGAUAAUUUACAUAUAUAGAUUUUAUAAUGUUUUCACAGCAAAUGUA